AUUCUGAUCAUAUGCUAGCUGUAACCUUUGAUGAAAUAUAAUACUACUACUGGCCUACAAAUAUUUUAAAAACUACUAGUGUUGUACAUUAUUCUCCCAAAAUAAGACUUCAGCAGUUGAGCUCUCAUUAGGCCAUUUUCAUCUGAAAUCAAUGGAUCCUCCACCUCUUCCAUCCCAAAUCAAUGUCAUUCCUACAACUAAUGCCAUCACUCAAAUUGCCAUUGCCCAACAAAACUAUCCAGAUUCCACCAGCUCCUCCCCGCGCUCACGCCAAAAUGAUACGUGGGAUCAGGAGUCUCUGGCACAAGUCCCUGGUGCCAAACUCCGCCUCAUAUGCAGCUACGGGGGUCAUAUUAUUCCCCGUCCCCACGAUAAGUCCCUGUGCUAUGUUGGUGGUGACACCCGCAUUGUUGUAGUGGACCGUCAAUCCUCCCUCUCCGAUCUUCAUAUUCGCCUUUCCCACACGCUCCUCAAUGGCCGUGGAUUUUCCCUGAAGUAUCAGCUCCCGAAUGAAGAACUUGAUUCCCUUGUAUCUGUCACAACUAAUGAGGACUUAGAUAACAUGAUUGAAGAGUACGAUCGUGCAAUGUCUGCUUCGCCUUUGAAACCUUCUCGUCUUCGCUUGUUCCUUUUUCUUGCAAAACCUGAGACAGCAGCCUCUAUGGGUUGCCUCCUUGCUGAUUCUAAAUCCGAAACGUGGUUUGUUGAUGCUCUUAAUAAUGCUAGCUUGCUUUCUAGAGGGCUUUCUGAUUCAGCUGCGGGGGAUAAUUUUCUGGAACUUGAAACCAUUCCCAAAAGUGAUUCUGGUAUAAACCUAGAGGCUCAGAAUGAGUCAUUGGCUGCUAAUAAUAGGCAAAUGGCAAAGAAUGCAAUCCAAGAAGUGCAAUCCACUAUGUCUGAUUCACCAAUGGUUGAAACAACCUCAUCAUUUGAGUCCACUGUUUCAUCCCCAUCUAUGCCAAAUUUGCCUCCAAUUAGAGUUAGAGCUGAAGAUACAGGUUACGCAAAUGCAAGAUUCCAGGAUCAGAUGCUUGGGAUAGAUGAACAGUUCUCACAGAUGAAUGUAGCUUCAAAUGCACAAAAGGUGGAGGAUGGUUAUCUUCAUUUGGCUGCAACAGCGGCAACACCACCUCUUCCUACUGUAAUCGGUGGCGCAGCCGUUAUGUCAUCGGCUACAUUGGUGAACACUGCACCGGCUACAGGGGAACAUCAGGGUCGGGUUAUCUCUGAUGAUGAAAGAUCAGAUCAUGGUGCGCCUACUGGGCGCCGAAAACCCCCAUUGCCGUUACAGCCAAUUCAGAGAAAAGUUGGAGAUGGCUAUAGCUUGCCAUCACCUGAUUCAAAACAUGCUGCUGGGGGUUACAACUUGCAAUCACCUGAUUCUGUAGCAAGUGAUAGCAGCAUUGCAUCAGCAACAUCCUUCUCAAAACACACGAUUUACCAAGAUGCACCUCCAGCAGCGAGUCGUGAAACCAGAGUGCCUUAUGCAGCAACUGACCACAAAAAUAAUAUUGUGGACCAGAACUCUCAAAUUCAGGUGCAGCAAGUUCAGGAUUCUAUGGUUAUACAAGUUCCACAGCAAAGUCAGCAGCAGCAGCAGUUCAUUCCUACCAGCACACAUUACAUCCAACAUACUGCAACCGGUCCAGUGGCAAUCCCAUCUUACUAUCAAAUGUAUGCACCCCCAACCCAGCAACCAAUUCAUCAACAAAUGGAUCAGCAAUAUCCCAUGUAUUACAUGCCAGUACCUCAGACUCAGCCGUAUAACAUGGCAGUGCAAUCUAAUAUAGCUGAUGCUACUGCUGUAGCUUCAAGCCAGCAGCUAACACCACCAAAUCAAACAAUGGUUUCAUCCUCAGCAGCCUUUAAAGAAGCUCUCCCGCCUAUUUAUCCGUCAAGGACUGUCCAGUCCUCUAACCCUGAAAUGGCUGCGAAUGUAUAUAGAACACCUACCCCAGCGACUCAAACAGUAGUUCAAAUUCCUCAAAGUCAAUAUCAUCAACAGUAUUAUGGUCUUUCCCAAGUUCCUCCUCCAUCACAGCAAAUGACUGCUGUUUCUAAUGGCGCUGCUAAUUUCGGCUAUGAGUAUUCUCAUCCUGUGCAUGAACAGGUGUACUACACUCAAAACACAGCUCCAUCACAUCCUUCUCAGUACCAAACUAUGACUCCUACUACUGCAGUUUUACUAUCACAUGCUUCAGCACAGAUAGCUGCAGAGAAUACCACAGCUCAGAACAGAACUUCAUAGCCUCUAUAAAUAGAACAUCCGUUCAAGGAAUUGAUUUCAUCUGUAUUUUUCUUUUAAAGUAAGGAGUAUAUUAUGGCAGAGAAUAAGUCUGGUAUCGUGUUAUUCUUCAUCCUACAGCAUGCUGCUGUUUUGAUGGGGUAAACAAGAUAAAUACUUACUUGUGGUGUCCUAAGGUGGAACUAAGAACAGUGUUGUAAUUGCUUCCUAUGUAUUUAUUGCUCCCUUUUUGCUCAUAUAUUGUCUUAAUAACUGGUACUGAAUAAUAAACAACCUAUUAGACUUA